AUGGCGUCAAAUGAAGCUCCAACAAGCACGCGAAGGCCCGUGUCUUCUGCCAACGACGCACCUGCUGGAACUCUUGGCUCUCGUUCUCGUGCCCAAUCACCUGGCUCAGUGAGGAAGGUCGAUUUGCCUAUGGAUUCCGCAGGCAAGAAAAGCUCCGGUGCGGAGGAGUCAAGAGCAACAGAUCCGGCCCCGAGAUGCGGCCAGUUCCGCAUGGUGAUGUGCUGGAUGUUGUUUGGCUGCAGGCUCACUUGCCAAGCCAAUCGAAUUAUCUUCGGAGCACUCUUGCCCGAGAUUCGGCAGGACAUCCAGCUUUCCGAUGCCGAAGCUGGAAGCUUGCUGUCUGCAUUUGCUUCAGGCUACAUGCUGACGCAGAUCCUUGGGGGUGCGUUGGCCGAUCGAAUUGGGGGCAAGUGGAUCUUGCAGAUUGCCAUUUGCGCAGUCAGUUUGGGGUCGAUGGUGGCGCCACUUGCGCUGCAAAAGGGCUUCUGGGCAACGUACUGCACUUACUUUGCGGCAGGCUUUCUGGAGGGGCCGUCUUUCCCAACGACCGGGUCGAUGCUGUCUAGGUGGAUCCCUGCCAAAGAACGGUCCACCGCAUCUUCUUUGGCCGACACAGGCGGAUCCAUUGGUGGGCUGCUAGCUCUUGGAGGCGGCCCUAUUUUGGCAUCGUGGUUGGGUUGGCAACUGACUUUUGUAGUCUAUGGAGGAUUGUCCAGCUGUUUCUGCAUUGCGUGGCUGGGCAUUGCCUCCAGCUUGCCGUCAUCAAGCCCGUUCAUGUCCACUACAGAGCUACAGAUGCUCAUCAGCGAGGGAGUGGUGAGCAACUCCCACCAGGCCAAAGGGGGUCGAGGCGAUGUUAAGGUUCAAGGCCUCUCGUGGCGCAUGUUCUUUUCGCCACCAGUCCUGGCUGUAUGUUAUGCCCAUGCGGUGUUCAAUUUCGGGAGGUAUUUCCUGUAUGGGUGGAUCCCGACAUUUUACAACCAGGUAUUGGGUGUGCCGGCGGCUACGGCCGCGUUUUACAUGACGUGCCUCCAGGUCGCUGACGCAUUUGUGAAGCUCGUGGUGGCUCCUUUCGCUGAUCAGCUUGUCGCUUCGGGAAGGCUCUCGAUCUUGGGGCUGCGCAGACUGUUGAGUUGCAUCGGCUUUCUUGGUUUCGGUGGAGCGAUGGGGCUCUGCUCCUUGAUUACUUCACCGGCACUUGUCACUGCUGCGCUGGUGGUCGGCAAGAGCGCUGCUUCCUGCCAUGCUGCAGGGUUCAAGACCAACUAUCUGGACAUAAGCCGAGCGCACACUGGAUCCAUCUCUGGAUUUGGUAACACUCUUGCGACGUUGUCAAGCACAGCUGCUCCGCUGAUCGCUGGUACCGUGAUUCAGGCCAGCGGUUGGAGCUCCAUGUUUUCCAUCUGCUUUGCUGUGAAUGUGUCGGGAGCGCUAGUGUUCGGCUUGCUGUCUUCGGCCACCAAUCUUGAUCCUGUCUUGAAGGAGGACUGA